UGCAAAACAUUGGUCUGUUCCAGAGGAGGAGCCAUCAACUAACCAUGAUCUCCUCCCCGUACAGGGCAUGUUGAUUCUUGAAAGGCUUGCUACCUUUGAUCUUGAGAACUGUAUAGAAAUCAGCAGAGCAACUGGCCUCAUUUCAAAGAUUGUAGAGUUCACAAGCAACAUGACUGACAUGAAAAAUAUUGGUGAGACACACGAGACACUCCUGAAACGUUCAUCAAUGAAGCUGCUGGCAAGACUUGCAAGUACUAAAGGCAAAUUUGGUGUAACUUUGCGUCAGAAGAUUACAGAACAUCUCUUCCUCUGGAGCAACCUUGCAGAGAUCUUGGAUAACAGAGGGAGCAGCCAAGAACUUAGGGAGCUUACAGCAGAACUGAUUAGAAACUUUGCCAUGGAUGGAAAUGUGAAUAAUGAGAUCGGGCACAUCCCGAUGAUCAUUAGCAGGUUGAUGCAUGCAUUUCUUAGCCAAGGCGCAUCCUCAAGUGCAGAUUCAGAUCAGUUAUUACGAAUGAAUGCUGGGCAAGCACUAGCACUACUGGCGAUGGAGAGUGUCAGUAACUGUCUGGUUAUGUUAGCGGAACCAGGGUAUGUCUUCAUCAAGGAACUCACAAUUAUGAUCCAUAGUGGCAGGUACAGGUACAUAGCUUCAAGCCUGUUGCAGAAUAUGUGUGUGCAUGCUCAAUCUGAGCUUGGCGACUCGGACCUGAAGGAAAUCUCCUACAUUACGAGAGAGGUGCUGGAAGGAAUAAUGGAUGCAGAAGGGACAGAACUGGAGGUUCUUGUUGGCCUUAGUUCACAAAUAUGUAAUGUCAUUCCAGGUGAUUUUGCGCGAGAACUAGAGCAUGGUCAGAUUAAGGAAAGAUUUAUAAAGAGGCUUGUUGAUGCACUUAAGAAAAAUAUGAUACCCACCUGUCGUUGUCCCGGAAUCAGGAGGGUGAUAGUUGAACAUGCCAUAUACAUGAUGGAGUGUAAUCCUGGCAACGCCAACUGUUUCAAAAAAUACUGGAUGAUGGAAGCACUGCUAAAGGUGGAGCGUACAACUUCAAGGGCUGAAAAUUACAGGUUCUUCUCGGGUGAUGCAGGACUCAUGGAGCACAGCGUACCUCUAUCUGCACUUGUGUCCAGAGCAAAAGAACUGAUGGGCCGUGGGUAG